AUGGUGUGGGGUGCAGUCACAAUAGGCUAUAAAAGCCAGCUUAUACGCCUUAAAGGCAAAAUCAAUGCAAUUCGUUAUUGUGAGGAGGUGAUUCAAGAGGAAUUACACCCAUUUAUGAUAGCCCUACAAGAAACUACCGGUAAUCACUACAAAAGUGUCGAGGAUAACGCCAGAAUCCACAAUGCAGACCAUACCAACGAUUACCGGGCUCUUUGCCAAAUCGACAGAGCCUAUCACCCACCCAAGUCACCUGAUUUGAACCCUAUUGAGCGGGUUUGGGCUGGAAUCAAAGAACAA